AUGGCCUAAUCACAACGGCUGCAACCACUGGAAACGAGUCGUAAUUCAAAUACUCCACCACUUGAUUUCAAUAGAUUAUCACCAGAACAGCAAUUUUUGAUAAAAACUUGGUCUCAAAAAUAGCAAGAAGAGCUGUUAGGAUUGUCAGUCAACACUUUACCCAUACAUCAGUCAUAAUCUUUCUUUACAACCAUCCAGUAACCUCAACAAAACCAAUUCCUGCUCUAAUAAUAGCAACUCAUUGACAAUUACAAUUAAUAAUUUUAAACAAUUGUACCUGAUUAACAACAACAAGAUCCAUAAUUAGAGUAAUAAGCAUAACUACUCCAAUAGUAAUAAUUGGAAUAGCAGCAAUUAUUGCUCCAAUAGUAAUAAUAGUAUUUACAAUAACAACAGCAAUUGAAGACCUAAUACGAUUCAAAUUAUUUGAAAAUGAAAUAUGAGGAAUCAUGCCUUUAAAUGUUGAAGACUAUGCCUUCUCAUUAGUCCUUAAACGAAACACAAAUGCCUUUAUUGUACAAAUAUUUUGACGUUGAUUCCGAAUUGUAAAAUGAUCCUCUUAAUCUUUAACAUUAUACUUUAACUCAUAAAUUGAAUCCCUCAUAUAAAUUGAGUCUACGAGUGUUCAUAUUUGAUAAAUAUUCAGUAUAUGAAUAAUAAGAGAAACUGCUGCAAUUGUAAAAGCAAUAAUUAACUCAUGCCAAUUUAGUAAAUAUACAUUUGAUUCAUACCAAAAAAUAUGUUUGUUUGUGUUUUGGCACUUUCAGAGUGUGUACCUUAUUGGAUUAUAUUCAUUCCGAUUGUGAAAGUACAAUAAAGCAUAAGCACUAUCAAGAACAUGAGAUUUGGCUGAUUCUGUAGAAUAUGGUUGAAGCAUUAUAUUCUUUACAUCUAAAAGGCAUAGUUCAUGGCAAUGUAACUCUAAAUCACAUUGUGCUAACUCAUCUGAUAGAUAGCUCAUAGUUGUAUAAACUUAUUUAUAUAAACCAAGAAGCAAACGUACUUUAGAAGAAAUUUUAGAAUCAACAAAGUAAAAUCUUAUUAAGCAAUGAAUUAUACAACGCAUUUUUAUUGAAUGAUUAAUCAACCUUGCCAACUUGGAAAUCUGAUGUGUUUUAAUUAGGAUUGUGCAUUUUAUAGUUGUGUUUAGGACCUCAUAAACAUGAGACUGUUUAUGAGAUCUAUUAAAAUGUGUUUGAUGAAUAUCGAUUAAAUUAAUUGAUCAAGGAAGUUGACACUAAUUAUUCAUACAAAUUGGUUUAAUAUUUGCAAUUCAUGUUGACUACCAAUUAAGAAAUAAGACCCGAUUGGAUAAGAUUGGAAGCUAAGAUUAGUGAGUUGCAACCAAUCUAGCCAAUCAAUAUCAUUUACAAUUUUGAAGUUUAGUAAAGAAUUGAGACUAAAAUAUCAAAAUCAAGAGCAAAUUCAAAGAAUGUGAGUUAUUCUCAUGUGAACUCUUUUAGAGUAUCUCCUAUUGGAGAACCAUAAUCAAAGCCAUAAAUGGAAGACAUCAAAGAAAUUACUACAAAGAAUAAUUUAAUAGUGGAAAAUAGAAACAAAAGAAAAAUGAAUUGUAAUGAUGGUGGCUCUUAUUAUGGCGAAGUUUUGAACGGACUGAGAGAUGGCUUAGGACAAUACGUAUCGAAUGAGUUCUCUUAUGAUGGCUGUUGGAAAAACGAUAAAUAUCAUGGAAAAGGAACCUUAUAUUAAAACGGGAAAUUGAUUUAUGAAGGCUCUUUCAAGUUUGGAGAAUACGAUGGUUAUGGCAAGGCUACCAAUCCAAAACCAAAGUAUUUCAAUAAUUUAUUUGAUUACAAAGAUUUUACAAAAUUGGAUUAAUAAUGGAUUCAUUAUAUGGGUGAUUUCAAAGAAGGGGAAUUUUGUGGAUUCGGGUAAUUGGAACUCAGUAAUGGAGAAAAAGUAACCUGUGUAUUUAUGAAUGGAAUGCCUAAUGGAGUUGGAGUGUUUGAGACUUUAGAUAAAAGAAGAUUAAAUGCAUAAUGGGAUAUGGGAUUAUUAAUUAGAAGAAUUUGA